CGAAGCCUGCCUUUUGGCACCCUCUGCCCUCUUCUCUUUCUCUCUCUCUCUCUCUCUUCGUCGCCCCCAAAGCCAUAGACUCCAUAGACUCCAAAGACUCUCCUCCAAACCCCCCGUAAAACGGUUACACACCUCUCUCUGUUGCCCAAACUCCCUCCCUUCCUCACUCCCUCUUUUCUUUUGCUCUCUUUUUCACUGUUUUUUUUUUUUAAUUUUUUUUUGUGUUUCCCCCCUCUAUCUCACUCACUCCUCACCCUUCAAUUCAAGCCCCAUAUUACUGGUUUCUCUCCCCCUUGUCCAAAUUUGGGAAUCUGGUGGAUCGGUAAUAGGGGAUUUCUGAGAUACACAUCUGUUUGUGAAUUUUGUGGAAAUUUUGCUAUUUUCCCGAGCUGGGGUUUUGUGGAAUUUGAAAUUCAGAGGUUGGAGAAGUGGUAAAUGUUGAAUAAUAGAGGAAGACAUUGAGGCGGGGCUGCAUUACAUGGAUAAUUUAUGUUGCUUCAAAGUCUAUUCUCAGCUUCUGGGAGGACGCUCUUCUUCUGGUUCUGGCAAGGGAAGAAGCCAUCAGCGCCCAGUCAAGUAUGGAUUCAGGCUAGUAAAAGGGAAAGCAAAUCAUCCCAUGGAGGAUUAUCAUGUUGCAAAGUUUGUUCAGCAACAAGGACAUGAGCUUGGACUUUUUGCUAUUUAUGAUGGACAUCUGGGGGAUAGUGUCCCUGCCUAUCUACAAAAGCAUUUGUUCCCAAACAUCCUAAAGGAGGAAGAAUUUUGGACUGAUCCUGCGAGGUCCAUUUCUAAAGCCUAUGAGAGAACUGACCAGGCAAUUCUUUCACACACUCCUGACUUGGGCAGAGGUGGGUCCACUGCAGUUACUGCAAUUCUUAUAGAUGGCCGAAAGUUAUGGGUAGCCAAUGUUGGAGAUUCACGAGCGGUUUUGUCCAAGAGAGGGCAGGCGAGACAAAUGUCCACUGAUCAUGAGCCCAACACCGAGCGAGAUAGCAUUGAGGACAGAGGUGGCUUUGUCUCAAAUAUGCCAGGAGAUGUUGCAAGAGUAAAUGGGCAGCUGGCAGUUUCUCGUGCUUUUGGAGACAAGAACCUCAAAUCACACUUGAGAUCAGAUCCUGAUGUUCAAUAUGCUGAUAUUGAUGCAGAUACUGAGUUUCUCAUCCUUGCAAGCGAUGGUCUAUGGAAGGUGCUGAGUAAUGAAGAGGCAAUUGAUAUUGCAAGGAAAACCAGGGAUCCACAGAAGGCAGCCAAGCAACUAGUAGCUGAAGCAUUGAAUAGAGAGAGUAAAGACGAUAUAUCAUGUAUCGUUGUUCGAUUCAGGGGGUAAAACAUGAGUGAAUUCCUGGAAUGCAGGACUUGUUUGUUUGGGGAAUCCGGGUUUCCAUGGCAUAAGAUGCGAUUCUGUAGAACUUUAUAAAGAAAAAAAGAACAAAAAAAAAACACCAGUUUGGUAAUCUCAUGGAAACCAACCAUCAGUUUGGAAGUAACUUCAAAGACAGGGUAGGGUGUGUCUUCCCCUCCCCUUUCUCUUCUGUAAAAUUAAAAUUAUUGGACUGAGGUUUGUGCGGUUUGAUAUCUUGGUCGAUUUCAUUGUUGUGUAGAUUCGUGCCCUUCAUUUUUCUGUAUUCUCUGCAUGUGAACUUUGAAGGUGUCUUUGUGUUGGUUACAGAUUUUAUUUUAUGUAAUAACUGGAUGAGAGAGAGAAAGAGAGUUGUUGUGAAUGGAGAAUAACUUUGAUUAUACACUUCAUAUGUCCGUGUUCCCCACCAA